AUGCGUUCCGACCUUCUUUUGCUCGCUGCUCUGGCGAGCUCUGCUCUCGCUUAUCCUACCGAAGUCGCCGUUGAGCGUCGUACUUUCGGACUCCUUGCCCACCUGCUCGGUGAUGCUGCCUCCGAUGUCAUUGGACUCGUCGACUCCCUGCUCGGUGUGGGCGCGCAUGGUUCCACCACCAUCCUGGCUGGCCUCAGCGCUCACGGUGCCGCUGCCCUGGAGGGAGGUGCUCUGGGAUGCACUGCCGGCGUCAUACAUGCCGAUGCCCGUGCUCAACUGAAGUUGUGGCUGGCUGGCCAGACCAGCAUUUCAGGCUCCCUAAAGACCUCCCUGCUCGCUUGGUGUGAGGGCUCCGGCUCUGCUACUCUGAGCGCCGACGUUAUUGCUGCUCUGUCAGUCUAUAUCCCUACUUGUGCCGACAUCGCUGCCAAGGAGUCGAUCUAUGUUACCAUCGAUGGUAUCUUCUCUUCCACCGAGCUUUCCUCGACUCUCGUUCUGAGCGCCGCCGCUCAAGCUUCUCUGUCUGCUUUCCUUGAUGUUCAUGUUGACCUUGCUGCCCACAUUCAGGCUGGUCUCAGCGUCUGCGCUGCUGGCGGUGUUAUUGCCAGCUUGGAUGUUGAUGUCAAGGCUUCCCUGAUUGCUUGGUUGAACGCCUCAGACUGUCCUCUCGAGGCUGCUCUGAAGGCCUCCAUCCUCGGCUGGUGCCACGGUUCGCACGUCAGUGGCCUCGUUGAGAUUGGUGUUCUUGCUGAAACCGCUCUCAGUGCCAUCUCCGUUGGUGCCUCCAUCGGUGCUUACGUCGAGGAGGCUGGUAUUCUUUCCGUCCACGCCCAGGCUUCCCUUGCGGCUUUCCUGAACACCAAGCUCGCCGUCGACAUUGAUGCCGAUAUCCUCGUUGCCCUCGAGGCUUGCGCUGCUGGUAAGCUCGCCGCUUCCCUCGAUGUUGAAGUCCGCACUGCCCUCGCUAUCUGGCUGUCUGGUUCUAGCUGCUCUCUGGGCGUUGAGCUAAAGGCCGUCGUCCUUCUCUGGCUGUCUGUUGCUGCUUCUGUCGAGGCCUCUCUCGACCUUGUUAGCGGUCUCUUCGUUGAUAUCACCGGCUUCCUGACCGAGACCAUCCUUGCUUCCCUGAGCAUCAACCUCCGCAGUGCUCUCGGCCUCCUCGCUGUUGGCGAGAGCCUGACCAUCCUCUCCUGGGAGGCUCGUGCUGAGCUCGCUGCCUUCCUUGGUGGCUGCACUGGCAUUGACAUUGGCAUUAGCAUUGAGCUGAUCAUCAUCGAGUGGUUCACUGGCUGCAGCAUCCCCGGUGCUCCUGCUCCUUCUUCCUCUGUCCCCAGCCUGCCCUCUGCCACCCCCACCGGUGUCUCCAGCACUCCUCUGGUUCCCUCUGGCCCUGCCCACACUGGUUCCGUUCCCUCUGUCAGCAUUCCCUCCGGUGGUGUUCCCACUGGCCCUGCCGGCUCCAUCUCCGUCACCGUUCCCUCCGGAUCUACCGCUACUGGCCCUGCUGGCGGCGUCCCAGGCAACGGUGCCUCGUCCACUCCCUGCGACACUGAGACCAUCCCCGUUGUGACUUCCUCCGUUAUCUCUGGUGGCCCUGCUGGUGGCCCUGCUGGUGGCCCUGCUGGUGGCCCUGCUGGUGGCCCUGCUGGUGGCCCUGCUGGUGGCCCUGCUGGUGGCCCUGCUGGUGGCCCUGCUGGUGGUGCUGGCUCUGUCACCGUUCCCUCCGGCCCUGGCUGGUCAGGCUCAGGCUCGGGCUCGGGCUCUUGGACUUGGUCCGCUGGUGGUGCCCCUGCUCCCACUGCUCCCCCCACCGGCUCCGGUUCUGGCUGGUCCGGCUCUGAUACCUGGACCGAGACCGUCACCAUCUACCACACCGUCUGCGGCUGCGAGUAA